AAGGUAGAGAUGGUAAUCAAUUCAAUACUCAUCAAAUUCCAAUGUUAUAUAUCUCACAUUGCGGAAUUCAAACCUCACCCAUCAAAUCCAGAGAGAAGAUUCUAAUUCUUUGACCAAUAGAAAUCAACGCUUAUCAAUCCCCCAUCACUCGUUUAUAGAAGAAAAUCAAAGUCACCUUCAUCUCCAUCUUCACGCUUAACUUGCUUCUGUGUCCUCUGUUUUGCUCUGUAUUUAUCUUCCUUUUCCUCACUUUUGUGGUCGCUAGUUGUCGCUACUCGCUACUUUGUACAGGUAAGAAUCAAGGCCAAAACCUCGAAUAAACCGACAAUUCAAACCUGUCGGAAAUUCCUGUUGUAUCCUCAAUCUUCGUCUGUCCAUACAACAGAUCCCAUCCUAAUUUACUGAAAACGAACAGAGACACACAGAACAAACAAAUUCGACAUGAAAACAGAGCAUCACCAUCAUCACUACCAGAAGAAACCAGCGACAGCCGUCAAAUUAGCAAGACCCGCCGCGUACUUCCUCCUCCUCUUGCUAACUUACGCCUUCGGUUACCUAUCCGCUCCUUCUUCUUCAACCUCCUCGCCAUCACCAACAACACGACUAACCUCUCAUUCUUCUUCUUCUUCUUCAACCUACUAUACACCUGUGCUCCAUCUCACCAAUUCUACACGUACCCAUCUGAACUAUUUUCGGGUCACCGCUCGAUGCGCCGACCCGAUCCAUCCCGACCUCGUCCGCCCGACGCUCCUGCGUUACCUCUUCAACGGAACAUCUCCUUUUACUAAUUUCCCGCCGGAGCACGCGGCAAAGCGAGUCCGUCGAAAGCGGGUCAAAGGGUGGGGCUCCAAAGGCGCGGUCUUCGAGAACCUCAUUCGUCGAGUGAAGCCUCGAACCAUAAUCGAAGUGGGCACAUUCCUGGGCGCAUCGGCGCUUCACAUGGCCGAGUUGACCCGGCGACUCGGGCUGCAAAGCCAGAUCCUGUGCGUGGACGAUUUCCGCGGGUGGGCCGGGUUCAGGGAGCGGUUCAAGGACAUACCGAUGGUAAACGGCGACGUGAUGCUGUACUACCAGUUCAUGCAGAACGUAGUGAGCUCGAACGCGACGGAGUCGAUCGUGCCGGUCCCGUUCUCGAGCGGUUCGGCCCUGAUGAAGAUGUGCGAGAUGGGGGUGUACGGCGACUUGGUGGAGAUCGACGCGGGUCACGACUUCUAUUCGGCGUGGUCCGAUAUAAACCGGGGAUUCCGGAUCCUGAGACCCGGUGGGGUUAUGUUCGGGCACGAUUAUUUCACAGCGGCGGAUAACAGAGGCGUGAGGAGAGCCGUCGAUUUAUUCGCAGCUCUUAAUGGUAAAAAGGUUCAUAUCGACGGUCAGCACUGGGUCAUCGAAUCUUCCUAGUUCUUUCCUUUUUUGUUUUCAAUUUUUGUCACUCUUUACGCAACCGCAAAAGAAAUGUGAAAAUAUCUGUACACUAGUUAGCUUUUUUGCUUCUUAGUAGUAAUUAUAUUAAAGGAAAAAAAAAAAGAUAUAAGGAAGUUGUUAUACAUAAAAGUAGAAGGGAUGUGAGCGUGAGUGAAAGAAUAAAGUGAAGUUGGUUGAGUGAUUGAAAAUGUAUGGUUCAAUUGGCAUAUUGCAUGAGAAGUUGGAAAGGCUUUCAAGUUAGCUUUGGCUCAUCUUAAUGGCUUACCAGGACAAGUAGUUGAUGAUUUUUAAGAAAUUAAACCAGAAAAAUUUAUAUACCUGUUUUCCCCAAGAUGUUGACACCAUGGUCCCUCC